AAAUGCAUCCUCGGCAGUACAGGCUCAACCUGAAAAAGACAGGAAGCAGAGAAAGCGAUAACCUACUCUUCCUACGGUGGCCUGAAGGAGAAGCGAAGUCGGCAUAGGAGAAUUUAUUAUUUCUGGGACUCACAGUUGCGAUGUCUUUCAAGAGGGAAGGGGACGACUGGAGUCAGCUCAAUGUGCUAAAAAAAAGACGGGUUGGAGACUUGCUGGCCAGUUACAUCCCAGAGGAUGAGGCGCUGAUGCUGCGGGAUGGACGCUUUGCGUGUGCCAUUUGCCCCCAUCGCCCAGUACUGGACACCCUGGCUAUGCUGACUGCCCACCGUGCAGGCAAGAAACAUCUGUCCAGCCUGAAGCUCUUCUAUGGCAAAAAGCAGGCAGGCAAGGAAACAGAGCAAAAUCCAAGGCAGCAGAAAGACCUGAAGACAGAAACCAAAGCUGAGGCGCCUUUGCUAACCCAGACCCGGUUGAUCACUCAGAGUGCUCUGCACAGAGCUCCCCACUAUAACAGCUGCUGCCGGAGGAAACACAGACCGGAAGCCUCUGCUCCCUCUGUCUCCAGUUCUCCUUUGCCAGCCCCAGAGGUUGGACUCCAGAGUGCAAAGAUCAGUAAGGAACCCGAGCCUAAGGCAGGAUCGCAUGCCAAAGAGUCAUCUGCUCCCAUGAGCCCCACAAAACGACGAAUCCUGAACCAUUACCUUACCCUCCGAAGCUCGGGAUGGGUCCCAGAUGGACAAGGCCGAUGGAUAAAAGAUGAGAAUGUCGAAUUUGACUCGGAUGAGGAAGAGCCCCCUGAUCUCCCCGUGGACUAACAGCCCCUCCCCCAUUUCUUCCACAGAUAAACUGUAGUUGUUCUGGGAGCCUAAUGGUCCUUGUUCGACCUUAGGAUUUCAAAUCUGUUCAUUCUUAGCCUGGCCACUCUUUCCUGCAGUGUCCAUGGCUCGCCAUACUCUGACCCCUCCCCCCUCUCUACCAAAGCCAUGCCAAGCGUCAGCUGCAUUCAGCCUGGUGCCCUAUUAAUAAGUCUGUCAGGAGGAGAUCCCUGCCCUUUGUGUAGUCUGACCCCUCCCCACCUUCACCCUCAGUCCCUUUCCUUCAGCUCACAUGUGGAUGGCCAGUGGGCACAGGGGCUCUGGCCACCUCUGUCUGCAGAGAGCACUGUGGCCAAGUGCCCUGUGAAGAGACUGAAGCCUUUGGCAGAUUUAUGGGGAACACAAGGGACAGAGCUCCCCCUCCUCCUAGUAACCUGAACCUCCCUGCCUGCUGAUCCCCAGAGUAUAAAUAAUCCCUUGAUGAACUGGCAGUAACCCUUGAGGGUUAGCGCCAAGAUUCCCACCCCAACCCAAGGAAGGAGACAGGCGGUGUGAACAAAAGGGAUUUUAUUUACAGGAAAGGGAAGAGAGAUGAGGACUUAUGUGUCCAGGGCUCUCAUCUCUUGUUAGCAAAAGGAAGGGUGACGCUAUCUCUUCUUUUGCUGGCGACCUAUAAGGGGAGAAUGGUGAACACAGCUUCAUCUCUUGUUUUGGCAAGGGUGUGUUUCUCUUUCCCUUUCCAUAGACUAUAAACUGCUGCCCCAUGCCACCUGAGGGGCCUGUCCCAUGUUAACAACAAAUCAAGAACACACACUGGAAAAUAAGAGGACGUGUUUCUGGGUGGUACUGUCAUGUCGAGCUCCCACCCACUUCUCUACAGAUGUAUGCUGGGGAAGACAGACUUUGUAUCUGUUUCCCGCUCAUUCCUCUCCGCGUGUGUGCCAGCUACCCAAGCCUCCGUCACUAAGUCUCUUUUCAGGACUGUCUAACCAUCUCGGCACUUGCCCUCGUCUCUACAUGGGCUCCACAGCUACUUACGUAGCUCGUUGUUCCGGGUCAUGGCCUGGGCCGCCCGAGCUCGUGGUCCCUGUUGUGUGAAGUGGUACCCGAAGCGCACAAUAGAGGGACACUGCUCUAACACAGUGGCCAUUUCCAUCUCCACUGCAUCACCAGGCCAUUGGCGCUGAGGAGAGAGAGGCAGAAGCUAUCAGAAACCUAUGGUUGUUGAGCCCAGCCCACGGGCCUCCGGAAAGUUAAGAGGCUUGUUUCUCUAGAGUCGGUGAAGGGAGUGCUGGUCCCCUUGCUGCCUAGGGAGGAACUCAGUGGGUGUUAGCUGGAUGAGUGACCCUGGGAAGGAAUGCUGACCUGGUUGUCUACACGGAGCUCGGUAAGAGUGGCGUUCUCCCGAACUGCCUUCAGCACAGCCAUGAGCCCUGUGCUGCUGAUGAAGUUGGAUUCAAUGUUCAGGCUCUGGAGACUACGGUUCUCACGCAGCAUGUCAGCUACCGCCUGGUGGUAGGGACUUGUGUCAGGGUUGGGGACAGGUUCCUAGGUGACUGAGGAGAGGCAGAAGGGGAGCAGGAGGGACACAGCCCUUUGCAGUUCCCUAAGGAGCCAGGGUUGGGGAGUUGGUGGAAGCGUGAAGGUUAAGAUCACUGGCGGGAUCGAGGCUACUAGAGAAGGUUGUUUUUUGGGGGAAAAUGCCUUGGAACUUCAGAGUUGUGAGCCAGAGAGGGACCUCUGAGGGCUGCCAUAUAACUCAUGAUGGGAACAGCACCCCCUAUUGUGGCCAGAAAGACAGCCCUUGCCAGGAGUACAGGGUAGGGGAAGAGGACUGGGGACAGCAGCCAGCCUUACAUUGGCGAUGGGGUCACCACUCUUUGUGGCCACCAGACUGAAGCUCCGGACAUAGGUGUUAGUCUUCAUUGCUUCACAUAACUCACUGAGCACGGGUAUCGGGAUGUCCUAAGGGACACAGGAUGGGGAAUAAAGAUCCUCAUGCCUCCACAGCUAUUCCUGCUACAAUUUGGGGAUGGGAGUCAAAUACCUGUAUGUUAUUGAGGUUCACUUCCUCCAGCUCUUUGUCAUUACUCCGAACUCUCUUUAGCAUUUCCUCAAUGUUUGUGGGAUUUGGGGGUUCAUCUGGUACUGGCUUAUACUUGUCAGGCUGUACCACACCUGGUGGGGAUAAGAGCCGAGAGGGAACCCCGACAUAUCCCUUACUCCAUCUCUCCACUGGCCCUCUAAACCUUUGUGCAGCAUGUCUCACACUGGAGCCUCCUCAGCCCCCGGAGCUCAAGGGUCGGGGUGGCAUGCUCCCCCAGCACACUCACUGCUAAUGCCUUCGGUGUUACAGAUCUCCCCACUGCAGAUGGCAUCGUAGUAUUGCUUGUUGCUCAUCAGUGUGUACAUGCCCAGGAUGGCUGGUGAGGGUAAGCAGAGGGACAUGGCAGUUAAGGUACCUGCCACAGGCCUGCCUCCUGCCUCUCUCCUGAAGCAAUUCUACAGCCUGACCGUCCACUCUUGUGGAAUUUCUCACCCUCCCUCAGCUCCAGGAGUCUCUUCCAUGCACCUACAUUGGGCUGAUUUCUAGAACCUGAGAGGGCUCAGGGAGCCCCUUGAGGAGCCGCUAGAGGGUGAGCCCCGUCUGCAGACAAGAUCCUCUGCUGCUUUCAGCCAGAGUUCCACCCUUAUCUGCCUUCACAAUCCCUGGAAAGAUGCUCUUGGGAUGUUAACUUAUUAAAUUAAAAAAAGAAAAAAAAAAGAAUGAACCAGUA